GUCAUUGUCAGCCGCAAUGCAGUGGCGGUAGCCGUAAAAAAGUUUACGCUUUUCGUUUAACAAAUAACUCAAUCAUGUUUGGCGAAAAACUAGUGUGUGCUGAGAACAAUUUCUCCCCUUUGGAUUUACUGAAUUUUGUUGCGUCAUUAAUAAGAAGCUCGAAGCUGCAUGAAAUGCGAUACGACAGAUCCAAUUACAGCUGGUUGAGCUCUAGAACCAUCGAACUUCGUGCUGUGGAAUGCGAUUUGGACGAGUUCCAACCUGUGGUUCAAAAGCUAACUCCAGAGAACUGCGCCGCGAUAGCUGUCAAACUGCAAACUUACGCCGACGACGAGAAAUCCACAUCCAAAAUCUUAACAGCUUUCAAGAACCUUCUAGAAGAACAGUACAGUAUGCAGGUGAUGGCGAACGUGAAAGGGAGAGGUGGAGUGGGAAAGAGACGGAAUAAAGUGCGGCCAAUACUGACCCCGCCGGGGAGACAGGCGACUGUGUCGUUCAUUUUAUGAAUUUGGAUUUAGGUUCUUAAUUUAAAUAUCGUAAUUAGAAUUUGGAAUGUUCUAUUUUUGUUUCGUAAUUUUUGCAGACAGCGUUUUAAUCAUAAAAUUUAUAGAAAUAAACAAAAUAUACAUAUUUUUAAAAUGAAAUUAAAGUCUAUCUUUAACAGUUAAUUAUUUUCCAAAAUACAUGUCAUUAUUAAACCGGAUAACAUUUUAAGAAUCUCGUUCAUGCAUCUGUUCGGUUUUAAAUUGGUUGAUAUCCGUGAGAUACGUAGGGUUGCUAUGAGUUCUAGUAAUAAGGGACAUUUGGGUUAAACUUCUAUUCAUAUUAUCAUAGAUAAAAGAGUUGUUCUAUCACGCUUUCAUGGCUUAAACCACUAGGCUGAUUUUGAUGACAUUUGGAAUAAAUACAUAAUUAAUAAGAAAUAAAAUAUAUAUAUAUAAAGGCCGUGACCGCGAGCUCCACAAGCCCUUCCAUAAUCAUAUUAAUAUUAAAAAGAGAAAAGAUUUGUAUUUUUGUUUGUAUGAAUAAACUCAAAAACUACUAGACCGAUUUUGAUGAAAUUUGGCAUAGAAACAGACUAAACAUUUAGGAGUAACAUAGUCUUUUUUAAUUAUGGUUUUACCUUUAAUAAUAAAUAUUUGCAGACCUGUUUUAACAUGUGUCACCGCGGGCGGGUCUUCGGGCAACUGUUAGUAAAGUAUAAAAUGACAGAUUUUGAAAUAAAUUCUAAAUUUGAAAUUUUCAUAAAAAUGUUAAAAUAUUUUGUGCAAUAGUGUGCACUUAUUUUGAAAUUGACAGGAAAAAAAGAAACAUAUUUUAGGUCAAAAUAUGUUUUAAGUUUUUAUGAAAAACGGGGUAAGCUACAUUGCUUGUGGCAACCCUGGCGAUAUGGGUCAUAAUUUUCUCCUUUUGCGGCGAGUAACCGUAACCGAUAUGAACGAACUGCAAGUUUACGGUCAUUCAAGUCUUCUUACCAGUUCAGAAAUAAACUUUAUUUAUCUUUUAUUUAUCGCACGUCAGUCAAAAUUCUUGUGUUUUUUAUUAAAACACUUCUUCAUUGAUGAUAUUUCCGUAUGAGAUUCCGAUGAUCUAGUAAGUUUUUUUUAAAUUGUUUAUGGUGUCAUGAAGUUGUCUUUGUAUAAAAUAAAAUGUAUUAAAUGCAUUUGCAUAAUGGAACACGAUAAUCUAAUGUCAUUUUAAUUGAUCACUUAUACAAUAUAUAAUAAAAAAAAACAUUGUAAUUGAAGUAAAAAAAUAGCCAAACCCACAUCGGGC